GUGUGUGUGCGCGCUCGAUGAUGUCAUCCUACUGGAGUAAAGCGAUGAGGCUGAAUCACAUGGUCGAGGAGAGGAGGAGUGGACCCUCGCCAUCCUCGUUCCAAAACUAAAUCCAAGUUUGUAUCUGUGCCGUACACACUUUGCUCGCUUUUAGGCGUGCCUAAAAUUAACUGCACUUUAUUUAACUGGAAUAUAUAUAGAGAUAUAUUUGCAUAUGGAUAUUACUUUCGCGUUCACGGACACGGCAGAGAUAUCUCAUCACAGACUGCGGGUAAGCAUGAACGCGUAUGGACCGGAGAAAUCAGGGUUAGCCUAACAGUGUCGGGCUGUCUGUGUGCAGCGAUGCCUCCGCAGGGUGUUGGGGAGUAUAAACCCGUGUCAGGCUCUUUAGUGCCACCGGUACCACCGCGCAGAUUCAGGGGUAAAGAUGUGGCGAAAAGGAGCCGCUGGGGCUCGGCGCCGGAGCGCAGGGUGAAGUGUGUGCUGGUUGGAGACGGAGCUGUUGGUAAAACAAGUCUGAUCAUCAGUUACACCACCAACGGCUACCCCACGGAGUAUGUUCCAACAGCUUUUGAUAACUUUUCAGCGGUCGUCGCUGUUGAUGGGAAGCCUGUGAAACUCCAGAUGUGUGACACUGCAGGCCAGGAUGAGUUUGAUAAACUGCGACCUCUGUGCUACACCAACGCUGACGUCUUCCUGUUGUGCUUCAGUGUUGUCACACCAUCCUCGUUCCAGAAUGUCAGGGAAAAGUGGGUGCCUGAGAUCCGACGGCACUGUCCACGCACCCCCAUCUUGCUAGUGGGCACCCAGGCUGACCUCCGACAGGACGUCAACAUUCUCAUCCAGCUGGCCAAGUACAAAGAACGUCCAGUGGAGCCACAAGAGGCCUGUGUGUGUGCUGAGGAGGUGCGUGCUGUGUCUUAUAUGGAGUGCUCAGCACUUACACAGAAGAACCUGAAGGAGGUGUUCGAUGCAGCGAUACUAGCCAGCAUUCAGAACAUAGACAGCCAGCAGCAGAGGUUGAUGAAACGCACACCCAAUAAGAUGAGGACACUCUCCAAAUCCUGGUGGAGGAAAUACUGCUGUUUGGCAUAGAGGGAUAAGAGGGAUAUUCAAAAACCUUCCCUUGGAGGUUUUAAGUAUGGACUGUAAGACCAAACUGAUGGCUUUAGGGUUGCUGGAAUAAUAUAUGAACAGAGAUUAAAAUUAUAUUAAAAUUUGAUGGGACACAGUGCAGAAGAACAGGAUAAGUGAAAUGACAAGAUUCUAUAAACAUUAACUACCCUCCUUUACUAAUCCCUCCUUUACAGUGGAAAAUGCAAAGUUGACUCUUGAAAUGAGUCGCUCGUGUCUAGUUUCAUGUUCCUGCUCCAGCCAGUGUUUUUGCUUUGUCCUGAAGAACAGAGAGCAAGAAGAAGCAAACAUGCAAUAUAGCAUUGCAAAGGAGAGCCACAUGCAAUAUAGCACUGAAUACCUUUUCUCGCUGUUAAACUGACUCUUAAAAUCAUCAUUGCAGGUGCAGUUAAUUUAACAUUGGUGUUUUAUUAUGCAGCAGAUCCUCUCUAACACUAACGAAAUGCAAUGUUCCUGAAGUUUCUCUUUUUGAAAUUCAGACUACUCAGUCUACACUGUGAAAUAACAAAGACCAUUUGGGUGGUCCCUGAUAGAGGACAAUAAUAUUUAUAGUCCACCAAUAUUUAUGCGCUGUCCUUCUUUUGUGUGUUAUAUUAAUAGAUAGACCAAAUAGAUAUUCUGGUGCUCUAUCAGUAGUUUGACAUCGGUUUGUUUUCAGCGAUCUGUCAAGUUGAAGGACAGCCCAGUUCAAAAACAGCUGAACAAAAAAAAAAAAUGUUAUUUACUUUAUGACUUAAUCCAGAGCUUCCAUUCAAAACAUACCAUGAGGUCAUGGUCAGUAAGUGAGUAUUAAACAGUCUAGUUAAAAUUUGUGUAAGUACUGCAUGUUCACUCAUGUGAGAGGUGCUUGACAUAGAAAAACAGUGUUUGCUUUCUUUGUCCCUAGACAUUGGCUGUUUAUCUGUCAUGAAGUUAAGGUGUAGAAUAUGGGUUAGUGUUGAAUGCAGGAGUUUCCCUUGAAAUUACAGCUCAAUAUCUCCCAGAGCUGUAAGUUUCAGAAAGCUUUGAUAAUGCUGAUCAAUUUGAAUGUAUAACUUUUUUAAAUCAUUAUAGUUAUAUACAGUGUGUUUUAUUUGCAGUUUCUGUAUUUUUAUGUUCAUUUCCAUAAAAAAUACCAGUUUUUUAUAAAUUCCAUACAGCAAUCCAGCAACCAUGAAACUAUGAAAGCGGUAUAUUAAAGUGUAUAAGUAGCCUGAAAUUAUAAGAAAUAUACAUAAAAUGUGAUAAAGUAUGUAGAGAAAUGUCCAAAAUGGUUUCUGUAUAGCUCAGGUAAAACUGUAUCAUACAUAUUUUGUUUAAUUAGUGUAGAACAAGUGACCCUAGCAGAUAAUAUUACUUACCUGCUAUUAAACUUUAUAUAUCACAGAAAAACUUAUGAUUUAUUUCAUUAAAAAAAAGUCAUAUUAAUACCUAAUAACAUUGGCCAUUACAUUAAUUAAUAAUAAAAGUGCCAUUGUUUAUUAGGAAUCAGACUCCAUGACUUGUAGGCAUUAAAAUGUCUGUGAAAAGAAAUCAAUAUAAUUUUGUGCCUUGUCUCCUUUUGAGACAUCUCAAUCUGAAGUCAUGAAAGACACCACAGUUAUGAAGCACUAGCAUCAUUUAUUGCUCAACAUUUCCCCAGUUGUCGUAAACUAGAGCUUUAUCCUUAGGUAAAUAAUUGAUCAGGUUCACCCAUGUAGAAUGAACUGGAAAAGUCACCUGCUGAAACAGGACAUGAGCAAGUAAAAAUGGAGUGGCACUGAAUAGAGAGGUUAAAGUUUCACAAGAUAAGCAGUGGUAGACACUGGAGUAUCAAUAAGCCUUCCCUUCCUAACAUGCUUGUAUCAGCAAUGACCUGAAACUGAUGUCUCUUUGAAGGUUGCCUUCAUAUACCAAAAAAACAAAGAUAGCUCCUCAUGUCUACCAUCCAUAAGAGUAUAAAUGAAUGUGGAGAGAGUGGCUUUCAGAAUGUGAAAAACCGAAUAGUGUAACUGUACAUGUGAAAGAGAAUGCUCAUUGAACACACAUACAACUGGAAAUAAAGGUGCUGUUAAAAUAUUUUUGAACACAAUAGUUGGUACAUUUCAGUCAGCGUGUUUCAAAUGUAAUUGAAAAGUCACAUAAUGUAUGAACUGUGUUUGACACUGGCAUUUUGCUAAUCUUUUAAUUGAAUCAAACUGAAUGUUGAUUGGUAAAAGGAUAAUGUCUGUUUGCAUUUGCUGGGCCAAUUUCUUUAUUGUCAAAUUGCUUGCAACAUUGUGAACUGUUUAUUUUUUAUGGUAAUGAACUUGUUGCAAGAUGUUGUAAGUUUUACAGUAGAUGAAAAUAUUCUCAGGACCUGGUCAUGACCCAGUGGGACAUGAGAUGAGAGAAGUGUAUAUAGAUUGCUAUCCUUUGUAAAAAAUAAAGAUGCAAAAUAUCUA